UUAUUCCUGAGUCUCGGGGGUGGCAUGCAGAUCUUUGUGAAGACCCUGACAGGCAAGAUUGCCACCCUGGAGGUGGAGCCCAGUGACACUAUUGAGAAUGUAAAGGCCAAAAUCCAAGACAAAGAGGGCAUUGCACCUGACCAGCAGAGGCUCAUCUUUUCAGGCAAGCAGCUGGAAGAUGGCUGCACCCUGUCUGACUACAACAUUCAGAAAGAAUCUACCCUCCCUCUGGUCCUGAGUGUUAGGGGUGGCUAUUAAUUGUUGACUUUUAUGAAAGCAUAAAUUGCCAACGAUAGCAUCAUUUUGCACGCAGCUCUUCAAAGUCUUACUAUUAAGUUUUGAGAUUAUCAGGUUCAGUAACAGCUGAGCCAAUGCUAAUAAAAUGCACAUUGGAAAUAUAUAUAUAUAU